UUGUACUGUCUAUAAAUGAUAUGCACCACAUCUUCAACAUUACACUGCAACUGCAACACCAACUCACAUUUUGGUCAAACACUCAAAAUUUUAUCACCAAAAACAUAAACUCAUCUUGAAUGGCAGCUCUCACCAUAAGCUUCAUUGUAGGUGUAAUUGGUAACAUAAUAUCCAUAUUGGUUUUCCUGUCUCCAAUAACAACGUUUAGAGGUAUAGUGAAGAAGAAAGCAACGGAGAAUUUCAAAGGGAUACCUUAUAUUUGCACAUUGUUAAGUACAUCAUUAUGGACUUACUAUGGUCUUCUUAAACCUGAUGGCAUGCUUAUUAUCACUGUUAAUGGUGCUGGUGCUGUUCUUCAAGUUAUCUAUGUUACUCUUUUCAUCUUCUACGCACCUAAAGACUCUAAGAUUAAACAUUUGAAGUUAGCGGGGAUUUUGAACGUUGGAUUUUACGGGGCCGUAUUACUUGUUACAUUACUUGCUACACAUGGAAGUCUACGGCUGACCGUUGUUGGAUUUAUUUGUGCGGGAUUAACUUUAGGAAUGUAUGGUGCUCCAUUGGGAGCCAUGAAAAAUGUGAUAGCGACGAAGAGCGUGGAGUACAUGCCAUUUAUGUUGACGUUUUUUCUAUUUCUCAAUGGCGGCAUUUGGUCUGUUUAUUCAGUACUCGUCAAGGACUUCUUCAUUGGGGUGCCAAAUGUGAUCGGUUUUGUGUUAGGAUCAGUUCAGUUAAUCAUGUACAUUAUAUACAACAACAAAUCAAAGGCAAAGAAAUUAUCAAUGGAGAAGCUCGAAGAAGAAGGAUCGGCUCAUUUGGUACAAGGAACCGUCGAAAUGGGCAAGUACAACGAAGACAUGAUGAUGAUGAAAGAAAGAAGCCUAAACAAAGGAUGGAGUCUACCUAAACCAACUGUACUAAGACAACUUAGUUCGCAGAAGAUCGUUAAAUCACAUUCUAUGAAUGUUGAUUCGCUACCCCUUAGUACCGAGGAUGCUGAGGAUAUCGAGAAUCAAAAACUUUGAUUAUUAUUUGUUUCCAUAUUUUGAUCAUUGACUGUGUGAUUGAUUUUGCAUUAAUAUUGAUAUUUCACUAUAUAUAAAGUUCCCAUA